AUGACUGUUCUGGACUAUUAUCUCAAGUUCGUGUCAUUGUCCAGACAUGCUCCUCACAUGGUUCCUGAUAUGAGGGUCGUGGUUAGGAGGUUUGUACUUGGGCUUAAACCCGAAUUGCAUAGGGAUGCCAAUACAGCUGCUCAGAAUGACAAGAUGACUAUUUCCAAGAUACUGGCAUUUGUGCAAGGUAAUGAGACUAGGUUGAAGGAAGAAGAAGCCCUGCAGAAGCAGAAAGAUAGGGAAUUCAGCAAGAGGGCUAAGUCUGUUGGUAAUUUCAGUCCGGAAGGAUCUCAAGGAGGUGGGAAUCGUCAGUUCUUUAAGAAUAGGUCAUCAGGACCUGCUCCCUCUACAGCUAGUGCUCCAUCUCAGAGGUCCAAGUUUAAUCAGAAAGGCCAAAACUUCAGAACAACAGGUUUACAGUCACAGUCCAGCAUGACCGACCGUGGUUUCCAACACCCGACUUACAACACUUGUGCAAGACAGAAUACCGGAGGUAACGGUAAUAUAGCUCAGUCCACUAAUUCAGCAGCUCCUCGAAAUUCCCAAGCCCAGCAGGGGCGUGGGGCAGCAAAGUCUGGAAAUACGGGCGGUGGUCAGAACCGUCUGUAUGCACUGUCAGGACGUCAGGAUACAGAGACUCGUGGCGAUGUUGUCACAGGUUCCACUCUAUCUUACAUAACCCCUUACAUUGCUAAGAAAUUUGGGACAGAACCCGAAAAGUUGCAUGAAUCCUUCGAAGUAGCCACAUCAGUCGGGGAAUCAGUUAUAGCUAGACGUAUUUAUAGGGGUUAUCCAGUUUUAAUCUACCACCGCAGUACCAUAGUAGACUUAGUAGAAUUAGAGAUGGUAGACUUUGAUGUAUUCAUGGUUCGAGUCAGGGAUGCAGAUGCCCAGACUCCGACUCUCCAGUCAGUACCAGUUGUCAGUGAGUUUCCAGAAGUCUUUCCAGAUGAUCUACCCGGAGUUCCUCCCGAUAGGGAAAUUGACUUUGGGAUUGACCUACUUCCCGACACUAAGCCGAUAUCUAUUCCGUCGUAUAGAAUGGCCCCAGCAGAGUUAAAAGAGUUGAAAGUUCAGUUGAAAGAUCUCCUUGACAAAGGAUUUAUAAGGCCAAUAUACUCCCGUAGUGAGGCAAAUCAUUUAGAACAUCUCAGAAUAGUAUUGCAGACACUCAAGGAUCGCAAACUUUUUGAUAAAUUCUCUAAGUGUAAGUUUUCUCUCAAGUCAGUGGCAUUCUUAGGCCAUGUGAUUUCAGGCGAAGGUGUUAAAAUUGAUUUUCAGAAAAUUGACGCUAUUAAGAAUUGGCCCAGACCCACCUCAGCAUCAGAUAUUAGGAGUUUCUUGGUCUGGCAGGCUAUUACAGGCGAUUUGUCAUGGGAUUUUCCUCUAUCUUAG